AUGGCUUCUCUCUUCUUUUCCACCCCGGUCGAUAUCGACGUCGUCCUAGACGAUCUCGAUGAUCGCCAGACAGUCGAUGUCAAGCUCGACAAGGGCCGCCGCGAGCGGGUUCCCCUGUACAUGGACGGGGAGUCCGUCAAGGGUGCGGUGACCAUUAGACCCAAGGAUGGCAAGCGAUUGGAGCAUACAGGUAUCAAGGUGCAGUUCAUUGGCACAAUUGAGAUGUUCUAUGACCGAGGCAACCACUACGAAUUCCUAUCGCUGGUCCAGGAACUUGCUGCGCCGGGCGAGCUGUUGCACCCCCAAACCUUUCCUUUCAACUUCAAGAAUGUCGAGAAGCAAUACGAGUCCUACAAUGGCAUCAACGUCAAGCUGCGCUACUUUGUGCGGGUGACCGUCUCGCGGCGGAUGGCCGACGUCAUCCGCGAGAAGGAUCUCUGGGUUUAUUCGUACCGCAUGCCGCCAGAGACCAACAGCGCGAUUAAGAUGGAUGUCGGAAUCGAAGACUGCCUGCAUAUUGAGUUCGAAUACUCUAAGUCCAAGUACCACCUCAAGGACGUGAUUGUAGGCCGCAUCUAUUUCUUGCUCGUGCGACUCAAGAUUAAGCAUAUGGAAUUGUCGAUCAUUCGUCGGGAGACCACCGGUUCUCCUCCCAACCAAUAUAAUGAGAGUGAAACGUUGGUUCGCUUCGAGAUCAUGGAUGGCUCACCUUCUCGAGGUGAAACAAUCCCCAUUCGUCUUUUCCUUGGUGGAUUCGACUUGACCCCGACUUUCCGCGACGUGAACAAGAAAUACUCGACAAGAUACUACCUCAGCCUGGUGCUGAUCGAUGAAGAUGCCCGUCGUUACUUCAAGCAAUCAGAGAUCGCCCUCUACCGGCAAGCACCCGAGAUUGCCGCGACACCACAGAUCGCCCAGCAGCAGGCAAUUCAACAGCAGGUCCUCCUCCAGCAACAACAGGCUAUCCUGCCUCCGGGCUCUGCGACCGCUGGUCCAGGACGUGAAGUUCCAAGCGCUCAUCUGCAACGAGAGCAGCAGCAACAGAGUACUACCCCGCCAGUCUCGGCGCCGGCGGCAUAA